AUGUACGAGGCAGACCUAGGUCGGGUCAUGUCUGGAGCGGAGAAGGCUCCUACGGUGGCGGAGGAUGCCGACGCCGCAGCGACCGCGACGUACGAGAGGAAGCUACAAAAGUUCCAAGAAAAGAAUGGCAAACUCUACACGCGGCUUCUGCUGGCUACGUCGGACUGCCCGGAAGGAUACUCGAGCCCGGCUUCGCAGGUAGUGCAGUCGUUUGGGCCUGUCGGGGACGAGGAGUUCGGUGACGGUCGAAGUGCUUUUGUAGCGCUCGAGCAAAAGUACCGUGUCGAUGGGACUUUCAGAAUGCAGCAGCUACACGAUGAGUUGGCCGCCGUCGCGGUCACCGCUGCUGACAAGUACGAUCCGGCUCGCGCAAUCCAACAAUUGCGCCGCAUCUUUCACGAACUCGGCAAACUCGGAGACACAGUCGUGAAACAACGGCAAGCACAUGCCAUCCUAAAGGCCCUGCCCGACAAGCAAUACGGCUCGUUCAAGACUGUACUGUUGGUAGAGUCGCCCACUGUUGGUAGCGGUGCGCUAGGCUUCGACGAUAUCGCACGUCGUGCCACACUCUACUACGCAAUGCCAAUUCGCGGAAGAGUGCUCGACCAAGACGAUGGGUCGGGCAGCCACGGCCGUGCGUUGAACACUGUCACGCACGGAGGGGCACGUGGCUUCCGCAAGCACGGCGGCCGUGGUGGUCGUGGUGGUCGCCGAGGAAAUGGCGGCAGAACUACAAACGGUUCGACGAACGGCUCGUCGAAUGGGAACUACAGCAGCGGCGGCGGAUCGGCCGGCAACGCUGGAGGCGGCAGCGCGGGAAAUGCGCAAGGUGCUCGCGGGAAUUAUCGCGGCAACAACGCCUCCGGUGGCCGAGAGCACGGGUGGCACAACUGCCCGCUCCGCCUGAGGCACGAGGCGGAGGAAGCCACUGAACAGGCUGAUACUCACCACACUCAAGACUCCACCACUCAGGCAUGGUUCACGCGGGUGGAGACUGAAGGCGAUGUGCUGGAGGACUACGCCAUCUCUUUCGGAAAAGACGUGCAGGUGCAGGAUGCGCCUGCUGCGGCGCAGCCAGAGGAGCGCGCUGCUGGUGACACGCUGGUGCAAGACGCGCCGGUGCCGACGCUGCAGGAUGAACGCGUUGUGUAUGACCCGCAGACGGAGGAGGCGCCUGAGGACACCGAGCUCGUUGCGUUCAGCAGCGUGUUUCAGGUGGACAAAGAGAAACCGCAGGUCGUUGAUGAUUCCGCCUGCUACAUUGAUUCCGCCGCGUCCAGCCACAUGGUGGAUGAGCAGUCUCGCUUGUCCCAUCACGUCCUCAAUCCGGUAGAUUGCGCUGUGCGCAUUAUCGGGUCGUGUGGCACAUCCGACGCAACCAAGAAAGGUACCCUGAAGUUUGGGGUGCGCAAUGAUCAAGACCAAGUCGUGCGAGUAGCUCUGGAGGUUCUGCUGGUUCGGGGCCUUGGAGCGAACAUACUUUCGGUUGGAGCGCUGGCCGAGAAGGGGGUGAUGUGUGAUCUGAUGUCUACCCCGCCUGCGCUUCGCAUGGGCAGCCAGGUCUUUCCGAUCUCGACCGCAGUGCCUCGCAUGUGCGUGCUGAAUGUCAUCAUCGACGACGUCAACCUGGGCGCUGUAGAAGUAAAUCGCACGAAGGUAGACGCUCACCUGUGGCACCGGAGGAUGGGCCACUGCAACUCGCGAGCGCUGCAGCAGCUGGCGGACAAGGACACUACCGGAAUCAGGUUCAAUCGCAACAUCGAACCAGGUGACUGCGGUGUUUGUGCGGUUGGUGACAGUAAGAAGGGCAGCCACCCCCCGUCUAACCGUCCCCUCUCGGAGACUCGGCUGGAAAUUCUAAAUGCCGAUACGUGGGGGAAACAUCCUAUUGCUACAUACGGGGGUUGCCAGAGUGCCGUGAUGUUUACUGAUGACGCUACUCGCAUGAGGUUCGGCUACCUACUCAAGACGAAAGACGAAACGGCCGAAGCUCUUCAAACUCUGGUUCGGGACGAGGCCGACCCGCUUGGUCAGAGCAUCGGCACGGUGCACUGCGACGGGGGAGCGGAGUAUUUGGGCAAGUUUCUGGCGCUAUGUAAGUCGCUCGGAAUCAAGCUCACGAAUAGCCCCCCCUUUGUCCCGCAAGGGAACCCCAUCUCCGAGCGUGGAUUUCGUACCAUCAUCGGCACUGCCCGCAAGCUUCUCUUGGGAGCACCGCACCUUCCUCAACAGCUGUGGGGGGAGGCUUUCAUGACUGCAAUCUACCUCAAGAAUCGGACCCCGACCGAAGUCCUGGGCGGCAAGGCACCACUCGAGGUAUGGGAGGGGAAGCCGCUCGGAAAGAUGCUUCACAUCCACGAGUGGGGGUCGCUGGCUUUUAAGCACGAAGAGGUACGCGCCCGGUCGAACAAGUUGGCGGCCAGGGCCAAGAAAAUGUACCUAGUAGGCUACAACUCCAAGGGUAGGUCGUAUCGACUUUGGGACCCUUCGGAGCCUCUCAAAAUCACCAACUCCGUGGAGGUAUCGUUCCGUGAGAAGGAGAUGCGCGACGUGAUCAAGCCCAAACUAGGGCAAGAUCCUCUCCCCGCGCCUAACUCAACAUUCUAUCGGCCUGGUCUGGUAGACUCUAUCGAAGAAGAAGAAGAAAAUAACGAAGAAUCAUCCGACGAAUCGGAGCCGGAAGCACCGGCACCUCGCCGCAGCAGCAGGAACUCCGUGGCGCCGCAACGGUUGAAUCUGUUUACGAAAGAACAGGCGUACGAGAGGACCGAACAUGCUAUGGUGACUGGAAGUGACUUCGGCAACCUCGGGAGAGGCAGUCCCGGGGAGGUGGGCUACAUGCCUGCCGAUCCUGCCACCUACGAUGAAGCGAUGAGUGGACCGGAGAGCGAGCAUGAACGAUGAAGAGCAGUCGCUCUACGACCACGACGUGUUCGACUGGGUGCUUCCGCCCGAAGACGCCCAACUUCUUCCGACUAGGUUCCACUACAGGUGGAAGUACAACCAAGAAC